CAUAAUCACAUGACUGUCGUGACAGUAUCAUUUGGCAGUAAAAGCUCAAUCGGGAAGGAACUAUAGUAGAGAUUAGACCUCACUAAAGCCGCAAAGAUGGUUGAGGGUGGAAUGAAAUGUGUGAAAUAUUUGCUGUUUGCUUUUAAUUUUCUUUUCUUUCUUGCUGGCCUGGCGCUGAUCAUCGCCGGUGCCGUUAUCGAGAUAAAAUUCAAGGAAUAUGUUGAGUUCUUUGGCACGUCGUUUAGCUCGGUGGCAAUCCUUCUCAUCGUAGUCGGCUGCAUCAUCUUCAUCAUUGGAUUCUUCGGAUGUUGUGGUGCCGUCAAGGAGAACUACUGUAUGGUGAUGACCUUCUCUGUUCUUCUAUCAGUUAUUUUCAUCAUCGAGAUUGCUGCCGGAAUUGCUGCAUUUGUCAUGAGGAAAGAUCUUCAAACGGUCGUUGACAAACAGAUGAAGAUUGCAAUGACUAACUACAAUACAUCGACGGGAGUGAAAAAGACCUGGGACACUACACAACAAACCUUCAAAUGCUGUGGCGUUACAAGCACGGCUGACUGGGUCAAGGAUGGGCCUUUUAAGGGUAAAACACCACCCUAUCCGCAGUCAUGUUGCAAAGAUUCCGACUGCACGAAGAACAAGGAACCAUUCAACAAACCGUGCCUUAUGGAAAUCAAGGAUUGGCUUGAAAGAAACAUCUACGCUGUUGCGGGCGUUGGUAUUGGAUUGGCAUUUGUACAGAUAAUUGGUGUGAUCUUUUCCUGUUGCUUAGCGAGAAGCAUCAAGAAAGAAUACGAGGUCGUGUAAAGGUCAGAGGUCAAGGGAAUGUCAAGGUCAAAUCAGGUCAAAGUGACAAGUCUGUUAAAUUUUUGUACCAAAUGAAAAUGGGUCCACUGUUAUUUAUUGGAAAAUAGAUUGAUCUUCCAGAAAUAUUUUUUGAUGCAUAUUUUUCAAAUAGUUAGACAUGGAAAAAAAGAUUUGUAACCAGGUAUUGUUGAGAGAUUUCGGAUAUUUUCAAUUGUUUAAAAAGCAUGUUGUGAAUAAGUAAGAAUAAACAAAAUUGCACUUUAUUUUUUUCAUUGUGAUGUUACAUUGUCCACACUGUUACAUUCUGCCGAUUUUCAUUUUCCCUCUUGUUUGUUUUGUUGUUGCCAUAGUCACAGUUGUUGCCAUGGCAACACAUAGCUUACUGAUGAGCAUGGAGAUUCUAAUUUGACCUGUUGCUGAUGGCCUGAUUUUGAGUGCUGAUCAGUAGACUAACUAUUAAAGCUUCUUCUUCUUAAGUUUAUAGCUGCUUGUUAUUCUGAGUUAUUUAAACUUAGGGCGGCAUCAAAAUGCAAAAAUAUUCGGCAUAACAAGUUAGCUGCGUGCACAGUGCUUGAACUGUCCGUCAUUAGAUGUUCAUAAAAUCCGCUGAAAACUCGAGAAUAAGUUGCAGGCCAUCAAGCUAUCAUGACGUGAGAAGUUCCAGCAUUAUUCUGUAGAGCUUUUGUAGUGAUGUCACGUUUGAUCGCCUGUUCACCAAUCUGACAUCGGCAACAAGGUGUGCCGUGUGUGGACGACAUCGUUGUUAACUCUUUCAGUGCCCAGGAUUUGGGCAUUUUUGGACAUUGUCACUACCCAAAAUCUCACAAAAAUAAUUGAGAUACACUCAUCAAGAUUCUUCAAAACCUUUGUCUUUACCUCCUGUUUCAAUAAAACAGCAGUAAUAAGUAGGGGCAUACUAGGAUUAUGUUCUAAAUUUUUUUGAGGGAGUGGUAUUUUUGGCCGAUUUUCACCAUUUUUCACCUAAAAUGAGGGGUGGCAAACCCCACCCCACCCUCUCAGUCGAAAAAAUUAUUCAAUUUGGACGCCCCAGGCCAGAGAAACCAUAUGAACCACAUUUGAGUAGCUGGGGACAUCUGGUGUCGUCUGGAUGAACUAAAAUACCUUAAUAUUUAGGACGUACAUGUACGUCCUUGGGCACUGAAAGAGUUAACGUCACCACCAAACUUCACUUCAGUGACAAGGUGCACCACAUUGGUAAGCGGUGUAUCAUUUGAUGUCAAAUUGACCGUCGAGAUGGCGGAUGGUUCUCACUGGUAACAUAACCGGACAGGCCCUAUACUGGUGUCCGUUAUUGGUUGAGCAGAGGUGGCCAGGGAGUCGUCUGAUCCACUCUAAAUUAUGUACUUCAUCUUCAAGUAAUCAUUCAAAGUUCAGCUUUGGCAGAUCAUGAUAUCUGUUCACAUCAGGGUUGCCGAGUCUGAACAAGGUCUGAACUACUGUUAACCGUGAAUUUUUGAAUUCGUGAAUUUUCGCUUUCAUGUAACAUUUGCUGUCGAAAUUUUAUGGUUUAAAAAGGAUUAGAGGUGAAAUUUUCGCGCUUUUUAAGAUCGCAAUAUUGUGAUGGUGCGUUUGCGAAAGGAAGACGCUCGUGAAAUUUCAUCGUUUACUGUAAAUGUUCUGUUGACUUUCUGUAUGUCAGAUAUUAAAGAUUAAUCAAGAAAUUUGGGUUGUUGGUAGAGGGACUGAGGUGAAAAUUGUUGAGGUUUUUGCCAUGGGAGGGCGCUGAAACAGACCAAGUUACGACUUUUUAAAAUCUUACAUUACUCUACCAUGAAUAGGGGAAAGUUUAUGCAAAGUUUACCUGUUCAUGAUAAGAAGGACGUUUGAAUUUCUCCUUCCUGUUGUAGAAACCUCGAUAACUUUUUCGGAAAACUUAAGAUAUAAUCAUGAAUCAUACACGCUCUUGCUAUCUAUCGCCAACAUUUAUUGGCACCUAACCAGUUGCUGUUCCUUCGACUUCAAAACAUUCAAUCUAUUGUUAUGUAAAUAUCAGAUUUUACCACCCUUCCGGAAGUAUUUUGUGAGAAGUGUUGAAUAUUGGCAUAAAGUAAUUAUUACUGAUGAGAUGAGUUGAUUUAUUCUUAAGUAACAAAGACACUGUUGGAAGUGACAUCGGGUUAAGAGGUCUAAGUGUGAGUAUAAAACGGGGAUGUGACAUUUCUAAUUUUCGGCAAUUUUUUCCUCUUUCUUGAAAUGGGAAUUUGACAGCUGAAAUGGAAGACGUACAGUGUUUAAUUAUAGACUUCCCAUCCAUAUGACUCAGCCAUGAAAACAGACUGUCCACAACAGCUGUCAACAGUACUUGUUUUGUCCAGUGUGGCAUUUUUGGAAUAGGCCUACCAGCACAGGGAUUGCCAGAUGACAUAUAACCCAUAUCAAGACUUCUUUGGUUGUUAAGAAUAAAUCUCAUAGUAUGUAAAUAUUUAAACUCUGUUAUUAUCUUUGAUUGCAGCUUCAAAUCUGUUGUUAAAAGAAAUAUUGGUUGGUGUUGUGUAGUAAAAUCAUGUACAAAAGCUCUGAUGCUCAAGAAACCAAUUUCCGGUUUUCUUGUGCAUAAGGAGGGUGCUCUCUGUGGUUCCAUUGGCUGAAUUUGCACAACCAAAAAUUGUUAUUCUAAAUCAUUUUUAAGCAGAAUUUUGUCAAAGUCAAAGAGUAAUAUUGUUAUUAUUUGUUCAAACGGAUUUCAGUCAACUAAAAACUGCACAACACUUUUUCCAUGUCAAUUUUAUAGAUCUAUCAUACCCAGAACUAGAGGAAAACGAAAAAAUCUGUUGUGCCACUACUGGAGUUGGUGGAAUUUUAAGUGUUGCUUGAGAGUUGAUUUGAGUGCACUAACUGAUGUCUGUGCGCAUUGUCAAGUCUAUAAUACAAAGGUUUACAGUUUCAUGAUGUGGUCUCUGGUGACAGCAUGCAUAGAUGUACUGUUGCAGGGGGUGUCAGCAAUCCAUACAUACAUUGAUGUAUGUUUGGCUUACAGUUAUAAGAGUUCGAUUGAUAUGAAUAUAAGUGCCAGGUGUUUUGCGAAGAGAGUCGACCCUUGUUGAAAAUUUUGAAAACGCUGUCACUUUUGAAAAUAUUGUAAGCGAUACUCGGAUGUUCAUCCCAUGUGACCUUUCAACUAGGGUUGGGCAUGUUGCUCAGUCCCGUUGUCUCUGAAGGUACUGCUCUGGUCAAAAGAAACACCCCUUGUCCCUGGCAGAACAAUCUAGAAAUCUGUGGUGCUUUCCUGUUUUCAUCCCCAUCUCGAUCUAAGGGUUUCCCAUCGCAUAUGUUGCACAAGGCCUUUGUUUUGGCUGCAUUACCCAGGUUGCUUGAUACACUGCGUGAUUCAUUUAUGUGGAGAUAGACCUUUUAUAGAGAAACAGCAGGUCUGUUCACCCUGUUGUGUAUGUUCCCUUGAAUGUGUGGAUCAAGAAAUUCUAGUCCUGUUGUAGUUGUGUGACAUUGGGCAAGCCUACAUUCGUUUUGUGCAACUGUUGCUUUUGAGGAGAAGCAUUACUUGUGACCACCACUGUAUUGGCCCUCAUUUUUACUCGAUCAUGGGGGAAAUCAUUUCUAAUGGUGUUGGAAAGUUGUUAUGUAUGAAAUAUGCCUUGCAAUUAGCAGUGUAUUGUGAUAGCUCUCUAAAUAAAUGUGAUUAUUGUAGGAUAUUGUCUGCUUGUUGGGAAUCUGGUCAGUGGGAAAAUGUUCAACUUGGGAGAGUACAUGUAUUUCCUCGAGUUUCUACGAGACUUAUGGCAGAAAUCACUUUCAGUAAUUACUGCAUUAUAUCUGUGGGUUGGUACAUGUAUGGUAGAGGCAAGAGAGGAGAUUUGAUCAGGUUUGUCAAUGCUCCGGGACAAGCAACACCCUUCCAAAUUUUUUAAUUUUGUGGGGCGGCGCAUGCUGUUUCGCAAUCCCCCUCCCUUUGGCAAGUCCUACUGGUUGGUAUCCUGUGUUCUUCUGAGGACCAAAGUUGACUAUUUGCCCAUAAGUUAGUGGUGUAUUUAGUGAAAUUUCAAAUCUAGGUUGCGGGUGGGGGGGGGAUUUAUGCUUAUUAUGCUCCUAUUUUAUGAUGAGUAGCGUCCCACAUUUUUGCAGUAAAUAUUCUUAACCUUUUGCUGUAUUCCAGGAGCUUGUGUACAUGAUAUAUAGCCUCAGGAACUGAGACCAAUUUGCCUUAUGACUUAGAGCUCAUGAAUAUAUUAGCUUCAUUAUCAUAUUUUAGUGGUAAAUGCAUGCUGCCUUUGACUGGGGAUUGAAUUAACCUGCAAGGCAAAGAGAAAAGUACUUUUAAAGAAGAAAAAAAUCUUAAAAUCACCAGAUAAUUUCUUUUAAACGAAUGAUUUUGAUGAAAUUUUGGAAAAGGAUUCUUCAAAAGCAAAAACUGCUAUUUUCAAACUGACCUUCUGGUCACAUUGCCUACCGGCAGGUCCUUUUCAAAAGGUGGCAUUGCAAUCUCUCUGCUACGACUGUUUGAAAGUACGCUCCCUAAACUAAGAUAUACGGUGGCUGGUUGAUAUUUUUCUAAACUGUCCAAUAAAACUAUAAUUCCCAAGUGAUGUAUUUUUAGAGAAUCUCUCUUGGUGUUGUGAGGAGAUAGGGGUUCACAGCGCUCACUCCCUGAAGCGAUCGUAAACAAGCGUUUUUUGUCACUGCGACCUGUGCUGCUUUACAUUCACGAUGCACACACAAGCAAGCUCUCCCUUGGUCAUGGGUUGUCAGUGGGCAUACUUUGCGCCAUAGGACAUCUGUGACAAUACAAGUGAGCACUCCCCGAUCACCUCACGAUGUUCUCAUUAUAAGACAAGAGAUUACUUUGUAGCAAGAAUGUAUAAUGUUAGGCCGCUAUUGAAUAAAAUCAUGUUAUUUCCAAGAA